CAACGUGCUGCUCCAGCAGUUUCGAUUUUGCUGAGGGCGUUGUCACCUUCUGGAGCAUUCCAGAAAACCCAAUCUUGCAGCUGAGAAGAACCUGGAAUCCCAGACAUAAACCAGUGAAAAAUCCUGCUGAACUAUGGGUAAGGCAUUCUCCCAGCUCACCUCUCAAAAUGAUGAGGACAAGCCUAUCCUACCUGAUAACCCAGCCGUUGCCAGCAAGACUGCCAACUACUUCAGCACUGGUAGCAGCAAGCCAGCACACUCCUGCGUGCCUUAUGAAAAGGCUGCUAGUACCAGCUUUGUGACUUGUCCUACCUGCCAAGGCAAUGGGGAGAUCCCCCAAGAACUAGAGAAGCAGCUGGUAGCCCUCAUCCCUUAUGGAGACCAAAGGCUGAAGCCCAGACACACGAAGCUCUCUGUGUUCGUGGCCGUGACCGUCUGCCUGCUGAUUUUCUCCCUCACCAUCUUUUUCCUGUAUCCACGCUCCAUUGUUGUGCAUCCUGAAGGCCUCAACUCCUCCACGGUCGUCUUCGAUGAAACUCAUGUUCAGCUCAACAUGACGAAUGUCCUGAACAUCUUCAACAGCAACUUCUAUCCCGUCACGGUGACACAGCUGACGGCUGAGGUGUUCCACCAGGCCUCUGUGGUAGGCCAGGUUACCAGCAGCCUCCACCUGCACAUUGGCCCUUUGGCCAGUAAGCAGAUGCCUUAUGAAGUUACCAGCAGGAUUUUGGAUGAAAACACAUACAAAAUCUGUACAUGGCCGAAAAUCAGAGUCCACCAUAUUCUUUUGAAUAUCCAGGGUUCUCUAAGCUGCUCCUACCUGAGCCAUCCACAACAGCUGCCCUUCGAGAGCUUUGAAUAUGUGGACUGCAGGGAGAACAUGUCAGUGCCCCUCCUGGAGCAGCCCCUCCCUCGCCCAGCCUGAGCUGUCUGCUGCCCCUGUACUCCAAGCGCCUACAAGCUGCUCUGCAGCUCAGCUCCAUGGAGCUCAAGGAAAAACUAGUGAAUUUGUUGAAGGAAAAGUCCUGCUUUUGGCCAUGCCUUCCCCUAACACCCUCAGCACAUGGAACUUCUGUAAAAAUGUCACUUCUGAUGGAGCUUACCCAUGGUCUGUGUGGAGGAACUUCUAACAUCUUGGGACCGAGCAGGUUGGUUGCCCAGCUCCACCAGGGUGGGUCUUCAUUUGGAAUGAAGAGAAAGCUGUAGUUAGUGUAGACUUUGCAGCAUGGAUGGAUCUUUUUCAAGUUCUCCCAGUAAUAAGUGGCUUUCGGGAUAUCCAGUGCUGUUUCCAGUUUUCUUAGGUGACUGUAACUGUUCUCCUAUGCUGUCUGCUUUGGUCAUAUGAUAAUGAUGGCGAUGGCCUGCUUGUCUCAGUAAAUGGUGGACAGUAAGGUCCUCAUCCUUCCUGGUUUGGAAUACUGUCCUUGGUUUCUAGGAAAGCAGACUAUACUAUCUAAACUUUUUCUCGAUAGAAUAGCUCUAAUGUUAUCUUCACAGCAGAAGCCAGGUAGCUAAGGAGAAGCCAUCUGGUCUACCCUAGAGCAAAGGCAGAACCAUUUGAAAAGGUAUUUAUUAAAGGAAGGUUUGUAAGCCUGUGUGAGUGGACACAGGUAGGACAAGCAGUAGAGUAGGCCCAGUGGCUGUGCUCAGAAAGCCUGAAGGACAUAAGCUGUUGAUAAUCAGGCCAAAGCUGUGAGGCUCUCAUGGAUUCUCUGCAUCGGGCCCACCCUCUGUUCCUGAGGCCUCUGCUGUCCUUUGGGAUGUGACUGUGAAGAGUGACAGAUUCACCAGGAUUUCCUUCCCUGCCCGUCACUACACUGGAGCCAAACCACAGUUAACUCCCAGUUUCCUACUGGACUCCAGGUGGAGAUGAUGCCUGUGUUGCAGGAGAACAGGAACAUGUAUUCCUGAAGCUAGCUAACCUCUGCCCACCAGACAGGUGGAAAGGCAAGGGGUGUUGUGGCUGGGGAAAGCUGAAUUUAAAGUAAGAAGGAUACAAGGAAAAGAUGGUAACAGAACUGGCUAACUAGCCUAGGGCUACAAGGAAGGAGAGGAAGUCUGUCAUCCCCAAGCUUUCCCUCCUGGGUAGCCAGGGUUAAGGUGUACCAACAAAACAGAGACCCAGGGAAGUCAAGCUGAGUCUGAAGUGUAUAAGCCAUCAAAUGUAAAAGAUUUCUAACAAUAAAUUGUUAUUUAGCAGAGCUGAA